GUUAUAUGAUUAUAAGCUGACCUUGGAAUUACCUUAUAAUCUACAAUUAGGUACUAAAACUGCCAUUAUAUUUAUCACUUUUAUGUUGUUUGUGUCUCAUUUUGUCUUUGCUUACAUUUAUUCACUCGAGCGAGACCAGUCGGUCUAAGAAGUUGUGUGCGUGGAGAUUAAAAUAAUAAAGAAAAAAAGAAUUGUCAAUAACCUUUUAAUAUGAUGAUGUCGAUUCAACAAGGAAUUCUUCCACCCAAAUUACAAGAAGCGAUUGAAACUAUUAUAAAAAAUGAAGAUUUCAUACAUUUUCACAUAGAUGUCAAGGAACUUGAAAUGGAUAGUAGUUUUCUUGGCACACAUAGAGAAAUAAACAUUAGAGGAGAAACCGCUAACGGUAGUAAGGAACUGAAAUUGUUCACCAAAACUAAAAUUGAUGACGUCAUUACUCAAUCCACUGUAGUAGACGUAGUAUCUUCAGUAUCAUGUGCGUAUAAGAACGAGAAUUUCGUGUAUUCUGAGCUUCGUAGAGCUAUCAAUGAGGUACAAGAAGAAGCCAACAUACCCGUUGGAGAGAGAUAUACGCUCGCUAAGAGCUACUAUAGCACCGAUAUAGAAUCUGUUAUAAUGGAAAACUUAAGAGAAAAAGGUUUUACAAUGUGUUCAAAUCUAGAUGUAAUUCCUCUGAAAAUCGCAGAGCUAGCUAUCCAACGACUAGCGCAAUUCCACAGCUUUGCUUUUGUACUUAAAGAGAAGCGUCCGAAAUUCUUUGAGAAUAAAGUGAAAAAGAUGAAACAACCUUUCCAUCAUGGUACAAAACCGUUUAAUGAGUUCUUAAAGGGUUUCAGUGAAAUAAGCAUUAAUAGUAUGAAGCCAGAACAGAAAAAGAGGUUGCAAGAGUAUUUUCCAACCACUUAUGACAAAUAUGAAAAAUACACUCAAGACCCAGCGGGCGUUUGGACUCUGGUGCAUGGAGAUUUCAGAGUUAGUAAUGUAAUGGUGAAAUACCACGAUGGCGAAGCAUCAGAAGUGAUACCCGUUGACUAUCAACUCUCGUAUUAUGGCUGCUCCAUCGUCGACUUUAUCUACUUCAUAUUUUGUAGCACCGACCAAGAGUUCAGGAAAAACCACUUAGUACACCUCAAGAAUUUGUACUACUUAUCUAUGAAGAAUUUUUUGAGGCUUUUCUACAUGGAAAUUGAACAAUAUUACCCGAGAGCAGAAUUUGAGAGGCUUUAUAAAGAGAGACUUGAUUAUGGACUGAUGAUGACUCUGUGGGUGCUUCCAAUAAUUCUGACUAAGAAAGAUGAAGCCUCUGAUGCUAUCAGCAAGGACCUGCCUAAGACUGACACUAAACUUAAUGUUUUUGUCCAAAAGAGGUUAAGUGAUAUAGUGGACGAUUAUAUAAAUUGGGGCUACAUAUAGGGGAACUAGCAAAUCUGAGUUGUAAUAAUAUUAAAAUUAAAUGAAUAAAUCUUGCUGUGAAAUUCAAUCGUUGCACAAAUAGGGUUCAUUUUAUGGCUAGUGGUGUCAUUGAUUUCAGACAAAUCAAUAUUUAAUACGGAAUUAUGAAUAAAUUAGUAUUUUAUCAUUUUAUUCUAAACCACAAUCAUUGUCUACAACAUUGCUCUAAUUGCCUUAUAAAUGAAAAUUCAUAAUCUUUAUAAACGUUUGCUAAGUCACACGUAUUCAACGGGCAAGAAUGCACGUCAUGAUAAAAUUUUAUCGAUGAUUUUAGACGCCAAUUGUAUGAGCUUAUCGCAUAAAAUCGACAAAAUUGCGCAAUAAACCUGUAUCAUGAUGCGCAUCCUAGGCCUACAGAUAAGUAGUUAGUAAUUAUCAUCAUCAUCAUAGUCUCCACUGCACAGAACGACGAGUAUUUGUCAAACACUACGUUAGCCAGAUGAAUAAGGGAGGCUUGAUGAUGACAAUGAUGAUGAUGAUGAUGAGAAAUUAACAUAACACAUACCUAUUAUUACUGGACCCGCGUCGUGGAAUACCUGUAAUCAAAAAAGUUAUUUUACUUUUAAGUCAACAUAAUGACUGUAAGCUAUAAAUCAUAGAGCCGAGGAUCAAGCAGUUCUUAACCCUGAAUUAUUAUUAUUCGUUCCCCACAGCCGAUAGUAUGGAUUUGCCUUCCUCGUACUGAGUGACUUCAUACGAAAUAGGAUCAGUGAUAUCGUGGACGAUUUCAUUCAAUGGGGGGAUUUCAAACAUUUGACGUUAUCAAA